GAGUUUUGGGCUUACUGGAAGCGAGCUAAAAGCUGAGAUUUAUUUUUAUCUUUUUUUGUAUUACUCACUCUUCGAAGUAGUAUUUAACGUUGCACUCAAUAAAUCUUCGAUUAGUUUCGGAAGUGCGAUCGUAAAAUGUUGAGCCUGAUUUUAAUAUAUGUUUUAGUGGUUUGUUUGGGGUUUGUGAUAUUAAAAAGGACUCGGAGUUCAAGUGAACAUGCGUUGCCGCCAUUAUUGCCUGGAUCUUUGCCCAUAAUUGGGUAUACGAUACAAGUCGUUUCUGCAGCAAGAAAUCAGUUUCGUUUAUUGAAAGCUGUAACUUCAGGCAGCGCUGAAAAAGGAGGGAUAACUACCACCACCUUCGGGACAGAGCGGUACUACUUUAUAACUGAUCCUCAAGACGCAGUGACAGCUGCAAACUCCUGUCUUCAAAGACAUUAUGCAUUUGACUUCUGCAAACCGUGGCUGGGCGAUGGACUGUUAACGACUUCGGCUGAAACAUGGAAGAGUCAUCGCAAGCUUCUCAGCCCAGCAUUCAGCCUGCCGGUGAUCCACGGCCUGCUACAAGUAUUCAACAGUCAGUCCAGGAAACUUCUGGAAGAAGUAGCCCCUCAUGAUGGAAAGGGCUCGUUCGAUCACGACGUGUAUUUAACAAAGAAUGCUUUGGAAACUCUUUGUGUGGGCACUUUCGGAAUAAACAUCAUAGAUGACGAAAAAUUUACGCAGAAAUAUAUCAAAUCCCUUUACGAGAUUAUUCCAAUGGUGACGAGAAAGUUCGUCGAAGUGUGGAGCCAGAGCGACUUUUUGUAUAAACUCUCAGGACUUAAGGAGAAGGAAGACCAAUUGCUGGACACUUUACAUUCUAUGACGGAUAAAGUUUUACAAGAGAAAAAGCUUGCAAGAAAGGGGAAGGAAAUAAAAAAAGAAGUUACUGGAAUAGAAUACAGACCUUUCCUAGAUCUGCUGUUAGACUUGUCAGAAAAUGGAGAUUUGUCAGACCAGUACAUUAGAGAAGAAACACAAACGAUCAUUGCAUCUGGCUUCGAGACCACUUCCAACCAGUUGACAUCUACUUUGGUGCUGUUAGGUGCUCAUCCUGAGGUGCAAGAGAAAAUGUAUGAAGAAUUAAUAGAUGUACUACAAGAUAGAGAUGUAGAAAAGGAGGAUCUAAAUAAGCUGGUGUACACAAACGCUGUCAUAUUGGAGUCUCUUCGAUUAUUCCCUACAGUGCCGUGCUUACUGAGAUGUGUGGAGAAGGAUGUUAAGCUAAAAAACUACACGAUGCGUGCUGGCAGUUACUGCAGUAUAUCUCCUCUGGUAGUAAAUGUGAACUCUCCUUGGAAAGCAGAAACAACACAUUUUGAUCCUGAAAAAUGGCUGAACGGAGAAUACAAAAACAAUUCGGAAUUUGCCGGAUUUGGAUUGGGGAAGAGAGGAUGUAUAGGUAAAACAUACGCAAUGACGAUGAUGAAGGUGGUACUAUCACACUUCAUACGGCGGUACCGAGUGCGAGCUGACAUGAGCCAGGUUCGAGUCAAGUUCGAGUUCCUAUUGAAACCAGUGUCAGGACAUGAAAUCAGGAUCCAACGGAGAAAUUAAGAGAAUAAUU